UUUUGAGAUGAUGGUGAUGUGGCCCCGUCCUUCCCUCCCACUGAUCUGAUCUCACCGUGCGAGAGACGCGCUGCUUCGCGCAUGCGCACACGCGUACGGCUCAGUUUUGGGAAGGAAAAAAGGCGAGCAGAACUCAUCGGUCUGCCUAUGGCCGAACGAGCCACGGCGCUGUGAACACAACAAAGAGACAGUUUGACUGUAAAUCAUACAGGUGGAAGCGACCGAGCAGGGGAAGCGACGCAUGGCUCUUCAUAUGAACGUUGUGGCUUGAGAGGAGGACAGUAUGUUCACAUGAGGGCUCUUGAGACCGAGCGCUGACCGUUGAAAGAUUCGCAGAGUCGGGUAGCGUUGAUCGGUGAAGACAUUGCCGAAGAUGCUGAAGAGAUUGGCCGCGCCGGCGUCAUGCAGCAGCUGCCUUCUCGCCUUCCUCCUCGCCUUCGUCUCGCCCAGGUAUACGCUGUCGAUCGGUGUCGACAAAACUAUGGUGAACAAGGAGGAUUAUUAUAGCGCCACGGUCAACGCCACCGUUUUGGACCAUAAAGGCAAUCCUCAACAGAUGGUGACGAAGAAUGACGGGCGGUACGGGCAGAAUUCCCCCAAAACAGAGGCGAAGGGGAUCGUGAUCGCACCUGCUGCUGUUAAUGGGGAGGUGGAUUUGCAAGGCUGCUGUCCACACAUCCGGUUUGUAGUCCCUCCGAAAACCACACACUGGGUGGCCAUUAUGCAGAGAGGGAAGUGCACCUUCAAGGAGAAGAUCCUUAAGGCAGCUGCAUUUAAUGCCUCGGCUGUCAUUAUCUACAAUAACAGCACCAAAGAGGACACAGUCACGAUGGCUCAUGAAGGCACUGGAGACAUAGUGACAGUAAUGAUCACGGAGUCCUUUGGAAAAGAGAUUCUGGGUUUUCUGGAGAAGAACCAGACUGUGUUGGUAUCCGUGAUGGUGGGGUCACGAGGACUGCCCAAGAACAUCAACCGCGGCUCCUUGGUGUUCGUCUCCAUCUCUUUUAUCGUACUGAUGAUUAUCUCCUCUGCUUGGCUGAUCUUCUACUUCAUCCAGAAGAUCAGAGACACCAGCGCUCGGGACCGCAGUCAGCGACGGCUGGGCGAUGCUGCCAAGAAGGCCAUUAGCAAGCUGACUACCAGGACAGUAAAAAGAGGGGACAAGGAAAUAGAGCCAGAUUUUAAUCAUUGUGCUGUGUGCAUUGAAGGUUAUCAGCUAAACGAUGUGGUCCGCAUCCUACCUUGCAAGCACGUCUUCCAUAAAAUCUGUGUGGAUCCGUGGCUAAAUGAGCACUGCACCUGUCCUAUGUGUAAACUCAACAUUCUCAAAGCUCUGGGAGUUAUGCCCAACCUGCCUUGCGUGGACAACAUGGCUUUUGACAUGGAUCGGAUGUCCCGCAGUCAGACUUGA